AUGGGUUGUGCGGGUUCCCGCUCAUACAAGCUUGGCGAGUUUGCAAUCGACGAGCAUAGACCGAUCAAAAUCGUUUGUGUGGGUGCAGGGUUUAGCGGUAUCGUUGCUGCAAUUAGGCAAAUUCCUGACGCCGAGUUCUCAAUAUACGAACGAUGCGCAGGAGUAGGUGGAACAUGGUUCACGAAUCGUUUCCCAGGCUUGGCUUGCGAUAUUCCGUCCCACUGUUAUCAGUACACAUUUGAAGCAAAGGCUGAUUGGUCGAGCUUUUAUGCUCCCGGAGCAGAGAUCCAGGCAUACCUCCAGUCAGUGGUGGACAAGUAUCAGCUAAUGCGCUAUAUCAAGCUACAGCACGAAGUUGUACAUGCGCAGUAUGACCAGUCCUCAGGGAAGUGGCUUCUCCGUAUUCGGAGGCAGGUGGACACGGCGGACGGAGGCUUGCCUGCAUAUGAAGAGAUUACAGAUACUGCGGACGUAUUCAUCACCGCCGUUGGUAUCUUCAGUAAAUGGACGUGGCCUGAUAUCGAAGGUUUGAAGGAGUUCGGCGGCGAACUCAUUCACAGCGCCGACUUUGGCAAGGAACAUCAGCCUUGGCAAGACGUCGUCAAGACAUGGGGAGAUAAACGAAUCGGCGUGGUCGGUGUGGGUUCCAGCGCAAUUCAAAUUGUACCCGCCCUUCAGCCACACGUCGCGCAUCUCAUCAAUUAUGUGCGGGGAAAGACGUGGAUAUGCCCUCCAUUCUCAAGGUCUAAGAUUUUGGAAUUGUUGCAGCGAGAGCCUGACUGCGACAACUUCAAGUUCACCGAAGUCGACAAGGAGAAAUUCCGAGACGAGGCUUUCUGCAAGCUAUUCCGCUACGAACUAGAGACAGACAUAAACUCUUUGAACCCAAUCACUUAUGCGGACGGGGCUACUCAAAAGCAAGGCCGCGAGUUCAUUGAGGCGGGCAUGAGGACGAGGCUGGCGAAAAAGCCAUGGAUCGCAGAUCAUUUGACUCCCGAUUUCGGUGUAGCAUGCCGACGCUUAACUUCUGGACCAGGAUACUUGGAGGCGCUCUGCGAGGACAACGUUGACUUCGUGGCGUCUCCUAUCAAGAAAAUCACCAGAACCGGUGUCGAGACAGAAGACGGUAUCCGCCAAGACCUCGACAUUUUAUUGUGCGCCACAGGCUACGACUAUUCCUUCCAGCUUCCCUUCCCUGUAGUGGGAAGGUCAGGCAUCACAAUCCAGGAAAGGUGGGCGCAGUAUCCAAGCACGUACAUGUCUCUGUGCACGGAUGGCUUCCCGAACUGGUUUAUGGCUCUCGGCCCGAACUCGGGUGUGAGCUCCGGCUCGCAGCUGGCCGUCAUAGAGCAUCAGGUCGACUACAUGAUCGAAGCGACGAAAAAGCUUCAGCGAGGGCGCUUGAAGAGCAUUGACGUGAAGCCGGAAGUCGUACGGGACUUCGACGAGUAUGUUGAACACUAUUUUCCCAAGACUGUUUUCAGUCAGACGUGUAGGUCCUGGUAUAAGGGAGGCAAAGAGCGGGGUCGUGUUGUUGCUUUGUGGCCUGGCUCGUCGCUUCACAAUUUGCGUGCUCUGCAAUACCCUCGCUGGGAAGAUUUCAAUUACGAACCUUUGGAUGACACUGAAAAUCGCUUACAUUGGUUCGGAGAUGGUCAGACCCACAAUGAGAAGACGAUGUCAGGUGAUAGAGCUUGGUACCUCAACGACGAUGAGAUGGACUACCCACCUAGUACGUCUCAGUAUUCUCAACGGCUCCAGCUGUACUGA